GUGGAAGGAUCUCUUUACUUGUCCCUUUGGGCUGCAGUUCCAAGAAGACAAAGGAGAAGGGGGCUUCCCCAGCAGGCCCGCUGCGUUUUACUUAAAAGCAAGCUGGGGGCAACCCCUCACCCCCACCCCCGAGAGCCAAGGCUGGCCCUGGGUACCGCUGGCGGGGCUCCCUUCCCCCGCGGCCGCCCCGGGGGACAAGCCGCGGCCCCUCCCGCCGGAGAACAAACGGGACAUUCAGCCGCCGCCCGCGGCUGCCAGGGAGCGUCCCCCGGGGAAAUUAGGCGUGGAGUCGGCGGCGAUCGCCUUCAAAAGCGGCCCUCCCGCCGUCCGCGGCGCACUUGGUACCUGGCUGCGGGCUCCGAGCGGGAUGCCUCAGUGAGCUGCCGGCCAUGGGGGGCGCGAGCGCCUGCGUCCCGCUCUGCCUGCUGCUGGCCGCCGCGCCGCUGGCCUGGCCGCAGACCCCAGAGAGACCUGUUUUCACAUGUGGCGGCAUUCUUACCGGAGAGUCUGGAUUUGUUGGCAGUGAAGGUUUUCCUGGAAUGUACCCUCCGAAUAGCAAAUGUACUUGGAAAAUCACAGUCCCUGAGGGCAAAGUGGUCGUUCUGAAUUUCCGAUUCAUAGACCUUGAGAGCGACAACCUGUGUCGUUAUGACUUCGUGGAUGUGUACAACGGCCACGCCAAUGGCCAGCGCAUCGGGCGCUUCUGUGGCACAUUCCGACCUGGAUCCCUCGUAGCCAGCGGCAACAAGAUGAUGGUACAAAUGAUUUCCGAUGCUAACACUGCUGGGAGUGGCUUCAUGGCCACAUUCUCUGCUGCUGCACCAGAUGGAAAAGGAGACAGGUAUUGUGGAGGACGCCUUGAAAAACCUUCCGGCUCUUUUAAAACCCCCAACUGGCCAGACCGAGAUUACCCCGUAGGAGUCACAUGUGUGUGGCACAUCGUAGCCCCGAAGAACCAGCUUAUAGAGUUAAAGUUUGAGAAGUUUGAUGUUGAGCGUGAUAACUACUGCCGAUACGACUAUGUGGCUGUGUUUAACGGCGGGGAAGUCAACGACGCUAAAAGAAUUGGAAAGUACUGUGGUGACAGUCCACCUGUGCCGAUCGUGUCUGAGAGAAAUGAACUUCUCAUUCAGUUUUUAUCAGACUUAAGUUUAACAGCAGAUGGAUUCAUUGGUCACUACAAAUUCAGGCCCAAAAAAAUUCCCACAACUACAGCUAUGCCUGUUACCACCACGCUCCCUGUAACCACAGGUUUAAAACCCACUGUGGCCCUGUGUCAGCAAAAGUGUAGACGGAUGGGGACUCUGGAGAGCAAUUAUUGCUCAAGCAACUUUGUGUUAGCGGGCACAGUCAUCACGACGGUCACUCGAGGUGGGAGUUUGCAGGCCACAGUCUCAAUCAUCAGCAUCUACAGGGAGGGCAACCUGGCCAUUCAGCAGGCUGGCAAGAACAUGAGUGUCAAGCUCACUGUGGUCUGCAGGCAGUGCCCGCUUCUCAGAAGAGGUCUAAACUACAUUAUCAUGGGACUAGUGGGUGAAGAUGGGCGUGGCAAAAUCAUGCCAAACAGCUUUGUCAAGAUGUUCAAGAAUAAGAAUCAGAAGCCCAUGAACGCCCUGAAGAACAAGCAGUGUUAGCCCGAGCUCGGUCCCUUCAGCCGCACUUACUUGUUCACCGCCUCUGGAAGAUCUGUUCUCCCCAUGUUGAAGAAGCCCAUACAAUUUAAUACUGAGCAUUCUGGGAGAUGGGGCCAAGUCACUCCUCACGUGAUGGAUGUGUGAGCCCCUCCUCCCCACCCCAUGUUGCUGGUGGAAGUUCCGAGCCUGUGCUGUGAGGAGCAGAUAUCUGAGAACACGCCCACCCUCUGCCUGCUGGGGGACAGCAGCAAGCACUGGCAGCCUGAAGCUUGUAAUAUACAUCUCUGUAGAAAAAUAUUCUAGAAUUGAGUUGUAUGAAGAUAUAAAAGGGAUUUUAUACAGUGCAAUAUUUAUAAUGAUAUUUGGUUACCUUCGAGCGUUUGCUCUGAGGUCAUGUUUUUCUCUUGCAUUUUUUUAAAAAUCAAUGCUUAGUAAAAUAUUUUAAGUGUUUACAAGGCAGCCGGUAAACUUGUCCUCACAGGAAGGACGGCUGUGAAUCCACUCCUGUUUAACAGCUAUUUGCACAUAAGGUUCUGAUUGUGUCGGUUUAGAGGUCACACUCUAGAAAUUCCAGGGAUGAGAGUGAUGCGAUAAUGUCAGUGGACCAUAAUUUCUAUCUGGAAAACCAAAAAAACAGUCCCUCUGUCAUCUGGUCCAAAUUCAUUCCCUCACUGUCACUGAAAUGGAAGGUGUAUGUCUAUAUAUAGGGACUUCCCCAGAGUAUACGUCUCAUCAGAGACAGGACAAUCAUCUCCGAGUCCUAAUCUAAACCCAGCGUUCACAAUGUUGCUAGAAGACGGCCCCCAGUCCCUGUGAGAAAGCUGCCUUCCUACGCGAAGCGUUCAGUACUAAGGACUAAUAUUUAGGCUUGCAUUUGCUAGACUGAGCAAUAAGGUAACCUGAUCACUCGGCUAUGAGCUCCAGGGCCCUUUCCUGGUCCACACCCAUUUUAUUGAAUCCGACUGUAGCGGCUGAGAUGAACUGCUCAAGAGACAGCUGUAGCUGCAAUGGGUAGACAGUCUGCCUUCUAGGAAGUUGCUGGCCAGAGGCUGUGAAAGAGGGUGCAUCAUCUCCAUCUAAAGAUGGCAAAAGGAACACUAUGUGUGAACAAAGGCGCGGGGCACAAUGUCUCCUAUGGUAGGAAUAAAAUUUUAGAAAUAAAAGGAGCUCUUAUUUUGGA